CCGGGGUCUCGACGCGCUCGGUCUCGGGGAGGCCCGGACGCGUCCGUCGCAGGCCGGGCGGUGAGCGGCGGGCGGCGGGGAGGGGGCUGCGCGGAGCGGGAGGCGGCCCCUGGCUGCGCGCCCGGCCUCCGGCGUCCGGUCACCGCGAUUCCCACCCCCUCCCGGCCGCACCAUGGCCCUGAAGGCCGAGGGCGCCGCGCUCGACUGCUUCGAGGUGACGCUCAAAUGCGAGGAAGGGGAGGACGAGGAGGAGGCCAUGGUGGUGGCCGUAAUUCCAAGGCCCGAGCCGAUGCUCAGAGUGGCCCAGCAGGAAAAGACCCCACCACCUAGGCCCAACCUGCUGGAGGCGGGCGGCGACGGCUGUGAGGAGCCCAGGCAGCAGGUGUCUUGGGAACAGGAGUUCCUGGUGGGAAACAGCCCAGGAGGCAGCGGGCGGGCACUGUGCAUGGUGUGUGGGGCCGAGAUCCGGUCCCCCUCCGCGGACACGGCGCGCAUGCACAUUCUGGAGCAGCACCCUCACACCCUGGACCUGAGCCCUUCGGAGAAGAGCAACAUCCUGGAGGCCUGGAGUGAGGGGGUGGCCCUUCUGCAAGACGUCAGAGCUGAGCAGCCUUCUUCACCCACCUCAGACUUGGGCCAGGAUGUCGAAGCUGACCCAGACUCGGACCCAGACCCUGCCAAAAUGCCAGCAGAGAUUGUCGUCCUCCUGGACUCUGAGGACAACCCAUCUCUCCCGAAAAGGAGCCGGCCCAGGGGACUCCGCCCCCUCGAGUUUCCUGCUGCCCCCGCCUCAGAGCCAGGAAACAAGAAGCCCCGUGGUCAGAGAUGGAAGGAGCCUCCUGGGGAAGAGCCGGUUAGAAAGAAAAGAGGCAGACCCAUGACCAAAAACCUGGACCUGGACCCAGACCCUGACCCAGGUGACGGGGAGGCCCAGUGCGGGUGCGGGCAUGGGCUCUGGCCACGGUGCUCCGAGAGGAAAGCCAAGCUGACCCCCCAUCACCCGACUCCCCCACGGAGACUUUUGCGGCUCCCGCUGAGGUCCGGCACUUCACCGACGGCAGCUUCCCCCCUGGCUUCGUCCUCCAGCUCUUCUCCCACACCCAGCUCAGGGCCUCAGACAGCAAGGACUCACCCAAAGAGGGGAGAGCUGCUGAAGGGGGCCUUCCCCAGCCGGAAAGCCCCUCUCCAGCUCCCCCUCCGGGGCUUCGCGGGACACUGGAUCUCCAGGUUAUCCGCGUACGGAUGGAGGAGCCCCCGGCAGUCAGCCUCCUGCAAGACUGGUCCAAGCACCCCCAGGGCGCCAAGGGUGUGGGAGCAGGUGACACCCCAAACUGGCCUACGGUUCUGUCGGAAUCCAGCACCGCUGUCGGGGGGCAGCCAGAGGCAGGGAGUGGUGUAUAGGUUCUUGCUUUCCUGGGGAGGGGGGGGGAGGGAAGAGGCAGGGUCCCCCUUUGGCUUAUCACUCAGAGCUGCCCAGCUCGGCCACCUGAUGGAGAGAGUAAAACUGGGUGCCAAGGCAGGCUGGAGGACAGGAAGGUGGGGGGCAGCAUCCACUGUCACUCGGGGGCAUUGGCAGACGCUCCCGGCAAGGCAUGGGGCCGGGCCCUGAGAGGGGCAGGCUGGCCUGAGGGCAGUCGUGCGGUAGGGCAUUGGGCCUGUGGAGAACACCUACCCCAAUCCUUUUGCUGACCCAGACCUCUCCGUCCCCCCUCUCAGCCCCCACCAUUCUCCCUUGGCACAGUGCCUUACACAAGAGGUGGUCAUGAUGGGGUUUGAACUGAGUCCCACUACCUCGGGGGACGCCUCUCCUCCCCCACCCGUUCAGGCUCCUAAACCAGGAGGCCUCCAUUACCUCUUCCCGUUCCAUCCCUGCAGGAGGCCCAAGCAGCCCACCUGGGGGCUUUUGUUCACUCCCUUCUUUCACCUGUUUUCCUGUUGUAUAUAUCUCCUUUGUUGACAAUAAAUUAUUUUUUUUUAUUAAGAGA